AUGAAUACUUUGCUCGCCAUCUCCAUCCUACUAGUGGCUGUAUACAGUCAAGAACUUUUUGUUGGAGAUCAGGUUCUACGUGUUCAAGUCAAAGAUGACACUCAGCUAUAUAUACUGAGACAGCUGGAAAGUAUGAAGCAUUUACAGAUUGAUUUUUGGCGCAGUCCUGCAAGGCCUAAACUUCCUGUGGACAUGAGAGUUCCUUUCCCUGCUUUACAGAAUGUUAAAGUGUUUUUAGAAUCCAACAAUAUUGAGUACUCCAUAAUGAUAGAAGAUGUUCAGGAAUUACUGGAUCAGGAACACAAAGAAAUGAAGGAGUCAAAAUCCCGGGAAAGAUAUUCUAACAGUUUUAGCUAUUCUUCAUACCAUACACUGGAUGAGAUUUACAGCUGGAUAGACAGUCUGAUAAUGGAAUACCCAAAAUUGAUCAGCAAGAUUGAUAUCGCUCCGAGCUCUGAAGGUCGUCCAAUUUAUGCAUUGAAGUUUAGUACUGGAGGUAAUAAGCCAGCCAUUUGGAUCGACACUGGAAUUCAUUCUCGAGAGUGGAUUACUCAGGCCACUGGAAUAUGGACAGCUAAAAAGAUAGCAAGCACUUAUGGGAUUGAUCCAUCGCUUACUUCUAUAUUGGACAAUCUGGACAUUUUUCUAGAAAUUGUGACAAACCCAGACGGAUAUGCAUAUACCCAUAGCACGAAUCGCAUGUGGAGGAAAACCCGGUCCAUCAAUGCAGGCUCUUCUUGUGUUGGGGUGGACCCAAACCGUAAUUGGAAUGCUGGCUUUGGAGGACCCGGUUCCAGCGGCAAUCCAUGUGCUGAGACGUACCAUGGACCAUAUCCUCAUUCUGAGCCUGAAGUUAAUGCUAUUGUGGACUUUAUCCUAGCGCAUGGUAACGUAAAGGCUAUGCUCACCAUACACAGCUAUUCUCAGAUGCUGCUGUUUCCUUAUGGCUACACGAAAAAUCUUGCAGCUGAUCACCAGGAGCUGAAUGAACUGGCCAAAGAAGCUGCUGAUGCUCUAGCAUCUUUACAUGGAACUCGGUAUACAUAUGGCUCCACCAUUGCUACCAUUUAUCAGGCGGAUGGCACAACAACUGACUGGGCAUAUGACAAUGGCAUAAAAUAUUCCUACACCUUUGAGUUAAGAGAUACUGGGAGAUAUGGCUUCCUCCUUCCUGCUGAACAAAUCCUACCCACAGCUGAGGAGACAUGGCUGGCACUAAUGACAAUCAUGGAGCAUGUCAGGGAUCACCCCUACUGA